GUGUUUAUAGUACCAACAGAAUGGGAAUUAUUGUUUUUUACAAAACUACAAUCAAUUUUGCAGUUGAUACAGCAUCCGAAAUUUCAGAUCAGCAAUCGAAUUAAGAAGAGCACCCAGUAUCUCAUGUGUGGAAUAGUUCAAGCAGAAGAUAGUUUAAGACUCAAUCUGGACGCAUUCGAAUUUAAAGAUUCUGUGGCUGAUUCAAGUACCCGGUCGACACUUGACUCAAGAGUAUCAAAAUCUGAAAUAUUAAUUAUCGAUAAUGAGCAAGUAACAAGAAAUUUGAAUGUGCUUCUAGAGGGAAAAGGCUUCUUGGUGGACGAAGCAGCUGCUUUACAAGAAACUAUUCAGCUUUUACUGCGUCACUUCCCAUUAGCAAAGAUCAUAAAACAGCAACUAGAAAAAGAGGAUAUCGAGGAAUUUCCUUUCAAAAAAAUUAAUGGGAUUCAAUCGUUGCGCCUUAGCAGCAUGCAGUUAAAGCUGGUAAAAUCUAUCACUACAACGGAAUUUUACGAAGCGGCUUUUGCACCUAUUGUCACAAACAUAGAAGACGGUAUCAGAAGCGUUUUUUCGAAUGACUUCAGGAAGAUUCGUUCACUUAUUAUACUGAAAGAGGUUAUUUUCAAACGACGAGUAGUGGCGCCGAGUUUGUUUGAAUGGGUUAUUAUUUUUUUAGAAAAAAUUGGCGAAGAAUUCAAUUAUAAGAUUUUACCAAUCAAAGACGAUCGGCUAUUUUUAAAAUUGAGACCCACAAACGUGAUUGAAGGCGCUGGACUGUCUCUGGCUGCUAUAUUUCCAGAUAUAAAUCCAAACACAAUUGUGACUAUAAAUAUUUCGUUUGAAACGAAUUUAUUAUCUUGUAUACACAUUGGGGAAAAAACAGUAAAAAAAGUUAUCUGUGACAAUUUUGUAUUGAGUUUACAGCCUCUUGAAAACUUCUUCAUAAAAUCAGAUCCGCCGAUAUUAAGAGUUUUGGAAAGAAUUUUGGUGAUGCGUUAAACUAUUUUUCCCAGUACGAUAGACAGUUCGUAAAAGAAGAAGCAGUUUCAUCAGUCAAAACAUCUACGACAAAAAAUCGCAUCGAUCAUCCAAAUCAAAAUAGCCUUAUAAAAUACAUAUCAGAAUACAUCAAAACAAAAUCUUGUAAAGAGAAAACUGCAAAAAAAGUAUAUAAAAGUGUUCCUGUUCAUGUACUUAGGCUACCUGAAUGAACUUGUGUCAAAGAAGUUAUUGGAAUGUUCUGGAUAUAUUGGAUCGCAGAAAAUAGGUUAUUU